AUUUCAUCCUGAAUCAGGGAAAUAGAGCCGGACAUCGACGUACAACACGCGUCAGCGUAAUCGGGAUGCAAGUACAAAUCGGCCUUGAUUAAUGUAUAUUGCUACAAAGCGAGCAUGAAGAAACCACUCAUGCGCAUCCCUUACACCGAGCUCCUCCCCUCUCCCGCCACCAUCCCGCACACAGCCCGCUCCCUCCCCGGUGCCAUAGCAGCCCUGCAAGAGUUCCUCCAUGCCCCGCCGCCCCGGGACCUGCCCACAUCCACCGUCGUGCUCACCGGCGCGGGCCUCUCGGUAGCGAGCGGCCUGGCCGACUACCGCGGCGCCAACGGCACCUACCGCGUCAACAAGACGUACCGCCCCAUCUACUACCACGAGUUUCUCGCCAACCACGAGGCUCGCAAGCGCUAUUGGGCGCGCAGCUUUCUAGGGUGGACGACGUUGCGCAAGGCUCAGCCCAAUGCGGGCCACUACGCAGUGCGUGACUUGGGCAGGUUGGGGUUCGUGUCCGGUGUCAUCACGCAAAACGUCGACUCUUUCCACCCCAGAGCGCACCCGGAGAUCCCGACGCUGGAGCUGCACGGCUACCUGCGGUCGACGGUGUGCGCCUCUUGCCGGAGCGAGUUCCCGCGGGAAGUGCUCCAGGCGGAACUGGCGAGGCUGAAUCCUUUGUGGGAUGCGUUCCUGCAGGAGGCCAUCGCGACGGGCGCGCUAGACACGGAAGACCCGCGUGAGAAGCGCGCGCGGGGUAUCAAGAUGAACCCGGACGGUGACGUGGAGGUUCCCGAUGCGCCGUAUACCACGUUCCGGUAUCCGGCGUGUCCAAAGUGUCUAGCGAGUCCGCCGCCGCUGGCGGAUGGCGCGAGGGGGACGGUUGAAGUGGAUGGCGACGGGGCGUGGCACCCGACGAGCAAUGCCGGCAUUUUGAAGCCUGCGGUUGUGAUGUUUGGGGAGAGCAUCGCUAAUGGGGUCAAGAAAGCUGCAGAAGAUGCCAUUGACGGCGCGGGGAGGCUGCUCGUGCUCGCCACUUCCAUGGCGACAUAUUCGGCGUGGAGGCUAGCAAAGCGCGCUAAGGAUAGAGGGAUGCCGAUAGCUAUUGUGAACAUUGGCGGCGUCAGGGGCGAGGAGGUAUUUUUUGUGGACCUGGAACCCGGCCAACCGGGUUCUCAAGGAGUGAGGGUCGAGAUGUCGACUGACAGCUUGCUGCCGGCCCUCGUGGAAGAGCUGCGGCGGCCUGGGUUGUGGACUUUGCGUUCGUCGCCAGAAGCUGGCUCAAUCCAGGAGAACGAGGGAGCCGUGUUCAAGAACAUGUUACAAUAGACC